AUGGAGUGUUUAAGGACUCUUCUUGUUGCCAACAGAGGCGAAAUCGCCGUCAGAAUUAUCAAGACCGCAAAGAAGCUGAAUCUUCGUACAAUUGCCAUCUAUACCGAGCCAGACGCUGCCUCUAUCCAUGUUCAUCUAGCGGAUGUCGCCGUUCUCCUCUCUGGUUCGGCCUCAAAAGCAUACAUUGACAGUGAUCAAAUUAUUCAGAUUGCAAAGCAGAACAAUGCGGAUGCUAUUAUCCCAGGUUAUGGAUUCUUAUCUGAGAAUGCGGAUUUCGCGAGGGCUGUGGCUGCCGCUGGUCUAGUAUUUGUAGGACCCUCCCCUGAAAGCAUUGAAGCUUUUGGCCUCAAACAUACCGCACGAGAACUUGCGACGAAGGCCGGAGUUCCCAUCGUGCCCGGAUCACCUGGCCUGAUCGAGAAUGAAGAUGACGCUGUGGAAGUGGCUCAGAAAUUGGGGUAUCCAGUCAUGCUGAAAGCCACCGCUGGUGGUGGUGGAAUGGGCUUGCUUACAUGCAAUUCCGAGGCCGAGGUACGCAAGUCCUUCGCAACUGUCAAGUCGCGAGGAAAAGCAUUAUUCAAGAACGCGGGCGUGUUCAUAGAGCGUUAUUAUCCAUCGAGCCACCACAUAGAAGUUCAGGUGUUUGGUAACGGAGAUGGUAAGGCGAUCUUUAUUGGCGAAAGGGAAUGUUCGAUACAAAGAAGGCAUCAGAAGGUGAUUGAAGAAUGUCCGAGCCCUUUCGUCUCCAGAAAACUGGGGUUGCGAAAGAGCUUGGGUGAGGCUGCCAUCCGUCUGGCGGAGUCGAUCAACUAUGGUUCGGCAGGGACGAUUGAAUAUCUUGUCGAUGAUGAAACCGGCGCAUUCUUCUUUCUUGAGAUGAACACUCGCCUACAGGUUGAGCACGGGAUAACUGAACUCUGCUAUGGCAUUGACUUGGUUGAACUCAUGCUGGAUCAAGCGGAUGCCCAGCUUUCUGGGAGGAAGGGAGUUGAAGCAUCUUUCCUUGAAAGCUUACCCGCGGAAGCCCCUUCUGGCGCUGCUAUUGAAGCAAGAGUGUAUGCUGAGAAUCCGACCAAAGAUUUCGCGCCUUGUCCUGGAACCUUGCAAACCGUCGAAUGGAAGGAAAUACCAGGUUCAAGGAUUGAUACAUGGGUCUAUCCAGGCAUCAAAGUAUCCGCCAAUUACGACCCCCUACUCGCGAAGGUCAUGUACCACUCGCCAGAUAGACAGCAGACCAUCAUGGGAAUGAGGGAAAUUCUAGGGGAAUCACGCAUUUGCGGGCCUCCAACCAAUCUGGAUUUCCUGGUUAAGAUUCUAGAAGAGGAGACCUUUGUCGCAGGCAACACAUUGACAAGAUUUCUGGAUGAUUUUCAGUACACCCCGUCAGCAAUCGACGUCAUUUCGGGCGGCGCCUAUACCCUCAUCGAAGACUGGCCCGGUCGACCGACCAUAGGAAGGGGGUUUUGUCAUUCUGGGCCAAUGGACCCGCUAGCUUUCCGCAUCGCGAAUGCACUUGUCGAUAACCCCGUCGGCCUCGAGGCUCUGGAGAUUACCCUGAGCGGUCCAGAUCUACGCUUCCUCGGGCCAGCAAUUAUCUCCCUUUGUGGAGCGCCGAUUGAAGCUAAACUCGAUGGAGAUACUAUUCCAAUGUGGUCAAGAGUCAAGGUAGCCGCUGGUCAACGUCUGACUAUCGGUAAAACUACAGGAAACGGCUGCAGGGCUUACCUCGCUGUCUUUGGUGGAUUCCUCAAUGUGCCCAAAUGGUUCGGGUCAAAGUCGACAUCUCCAGGUGUAGGAGUUGGAGGCUAUCAAGGUCGGCAGCUUUCAUCGGGAGACCUUCUCGCAAUCACAAGCGUGAUUCCGGAAGUCAAUAGUGAUCUCCGUAUACCAGAACACCUCAUCCCCGAUUACCCAAGUCACUGGGAGCUACUAGCCAUGCCAGGACCCUACGAUGAGGGCUAUCUUACUCCCGAGAGUAUCGAUAUGCUGUUUGAGACCCAGUGGAAGAUUUCACACAAUGCGGCAAGAGGAGGCAUCCGUCUCAUCGGUCCCAAACCACGGUGGGCUCGCUCCGAUGGGGGAGAGGGCGGCGCACAUCCCUCUAACGUGAUAGAAUACGGAUACGCAAUCGGCUCGCUCAACUGGACAGGCGACGAUCCCGUUAUCUUUCCACAAGAUGCCCCGGACUUUGGGGGAUUUGUUAGCAGCCAUACGAUCGUAAAGGCAGAUCUAUGGAAGUUGGGACAGGUGAAAGCGGGGGACACCCUGAAAUACCGAGCAGUGUCUUUGGCCGAUGCCCUGGAUGCACGGAGGGAUAUGGAGAGGUUCGUGGACGAACUGGUACAUUGCUGCAAGCAAGGGCACGGAUUCAACAGCGUGAAAGCUCUGAGAGGCAUGCCUCCCGAGCAGACAGCCGAGACUCGCGGCAAAGGCGUGGUGCAUCGGGUUGAAGAGCAAGGGAACCAGCCCCUUGUGUCUUACAGACAGGCAGGGGACGACUAUCUCCUCAUUGAUUAUGGCCCGGGAAAAGAGAUCACGUUCUCGAAUGGGCUCGUUUCGACGGUUGGAUGCGGAAAUUCGCUGAUGCUCUACUACGACGGCAUGAAACUCUCUCAGCUAAGACUAAUCAGCUACCUCUGCGACCUCGAGACAAAACUUGGAGAUCUUAGUCAAGCAAAGAUGCCGAGUCGGCUGUUCAGGCUUCCUCUCACGUUCGAGAGUCAAAGACAAAAGGAUGCCAUUCAGCGUUACAUGGAAACACAGCGUCCGUACGCUUCCUAUCUUCCAGAUAACAUGGAAUUUGUAGCCAGAAACAACGCUUUCACAAAGGAAGAAUUCGAAAACAUUUUCCUGACAGCCAGCUUGAUGGUUGUCUCUGUCGGAUUCUUCACUGCACUUCCGCUCGCCCUCCCUGUGGAUCCUCGUCAACGAAUGAACUGCCCUAAAAUGAAUCCAAGUAGAGUAUAUACUCCAGCCGGCUCAGUAUCAUGGGGUGGAAGCUGCAUGGCGUUGUACAAUGUUGAUUCACCUGGUGGAUAUCAACUGACCGGAAUGACCAUACCGGGCGUCGACAUCUUGGGCUCGAAGAAAGGCUACAGCGCCGACAGACCGUGGCUCUUCGAAGAAUUUGAUCAGAUAACCUUCUACCGAGUCUCCGAAGAGGAAUACGAAAAGCAGCUGGCGCUGUUUAAUAGCGGCCAAUACGAAUAUCAAUGGGAGGAGGUUGUUUUCGACAUGGCGGAGCACAAUCGGCUCUUGCAGGAAACGCGCGACGAAGUAGCAGCCAUCCGAGCACGCCAGCGUCAGGCGCAGGCUGAAAUGGAUAAAAUUGAAGCAGAGCUGCUCGAACGCUGGGCGAAGGAAAAGGCCGAGAGGGGAGUAUCUCAGGACACAAUCGAGAGUUUACUUCAAGACCCCGAGAUCAUUGCAAUCGAAGCCCCCUUGAAUACCAAUGUGUGGAAAGUCGAGGUCAAACAAGGGGACAAGCUUGAGGAGAACCAGGUUGUGGUCAUACUAGAAGCGAUGAAACUCGAAAUCGCUGUGCGAGUCGAGCCUUCUGCAGCGGGUGCCACUGUGGAGAAAGUUUUGGCACCCCCAGGAGAACCGAUCGAGGCUGGCAAGCCACUAUUACUUGUGCGCAAAGUCAAGACCUGA